CUUUGCUUCUUUCAAAAGAGGUGCAAGCGCAUUCCAAGAUGGAGCCGCUUUCUCCAGGACAAUGCAGCCUUCUGGGCAGAAUCAGAAGCGCCAUGGUAUCCUUUUAGACGUUCUGCUUGUAAUAGGGGUCAGCAUUUAAGAGUGCAGCUAGCACGGCGGCGAUCAUCAUCUAGCUAGACCACUGGCAGCACUAGCUGCAUUCCGGCAGUGAAAUGUGUGCUCUCACUAAAGCUAGCUAGAGAACGUGGAGCUUUGGAAGUGCUACCUACUAGCGGGUAGCCCUUGCUGUGUCACACUGGUACGACAGAGAGGAAGGAAGCCGUUGUUGACCACUAAAAGCAUUGCCUCUGACUUGCAUUGUUGUCUCCCAGGUUUUUCAUGGCAGUUGUGUUAUUGUAAACAGUCGUUCAGAUAGCUUCAAGAAGGAGCAUCAAGGCCUGAGGACCGAGUGAUAGUGGUGGAAGUUUCUCCACGUCUGUGGUCUUGGGAGACCAGUCGUCGACACAAGAUCUGCAGAGAUGGCGGACCUGGAAACUGGUGCCAAAACAAAGGAAGUGGAGCUGCCGAACAGCGUCCCUGAGGGUGAUUCAUCAUCUCAUGAUGACUCCAAGCACGGAGGCAAGCACAAGACGUAUGACCUCUCCAUCCAUUCGCUGACAUACAAGGUUGUUUCUAAGACUCAGGAGGGCUCGACGGAGCGCCUUUUGUUGAAUAAGGUCAGCGCUGUGGCACGCCAUGGAGAGAUGAUGGCGGUUAUGGGCCCCUCGGGGGCUGGAAAAUCGACAUUCUUGGAUGCAAUCGCGGGGCGGAUCGACUCCAACAGCCUGGAGGGGGGGAUCCUGGUGAACAAUAAGCCGAUGGACCAUGGGUUCAAGCGGCUGUCGGGAUAUGUGAUGCAGGACGACCAGCUGUUCCCUAUGCUGUCGGUGCGCGAGACGCUCAUGUUCAGCGCACGACUCCGGUUGCCGGGGACCAUGACAACUGCCGAGAAAAAGGAGCGGGUGGAGGAGAUGAUCACCGAGCUUGGGCUCACCCACGCUGCUGACACCAAAAUUGGGAAUGAGGAGGUGCGGGGCGUCUCAGGAGGAGAGAAGCGGCGUGUGUCAAUCGGCGUCGAUCUUAUCCACGACCCGCCAGUGUUGUUCCUGGACGAGCCGACCUCCGGGCUGGACUCUACGAGCGCUCUCAACGUGGUUCAAAUUCUGCACAACAUCGCGCGUACCAAGAAUCGCACGAUCAUCCUGACAAUCCACCAGCCCAGCUUCAGGAUUCUGGAGCUGAUUGACAACUUUUUGAUCCUUGCCCGUGGCAACCCGGUGUAUCAUGGCCCCUACCCCGGCCUCGCCCCGCACCUCAAGGAGUUCGGGCGCCACGUGCCAAACCACGUGAACGUGCUCGAGUACACGUUGGACACGAUCGAGGAGCUCCAAGAGAGCAAGGGGGGCAUCGAGCCGCUCGUCGACUUCGCCCAAGCGCGGUACGAGCGCCACGGCAAGCUGGCCCAGAUCCAGUCCAACAUGUCGGUCAUCGGCGAGAAGCCCAAGUUCGCGACGUCCUUCCUCUCCGAGCUGUUCGUCCUCUCGGACCGCUGCCUGCGCAACACGCUGCGGACGCCCGAGCUCUUCUUCGCGCGCAUCGGCCUCAUGUGCAUGACCGGCUUCGUGCUGGGCUCCCUCUUCUUCUCCAUCGGUUUCACGCCGUACGGCAUCCAGGCGCGCGCGUCGUACAUCGCGUUCGCGCUCGCGCUGCUGCUCUUCACGUCCACCGAGGCGCUGCCCAUCUUCCUGGCGGAGAAGCAGAUUUUCAUCCGCGAGACGUCCCGUGGCGCAUACCGCACGUCGGCGUACUCCAUCUCGAGCGCCAUCAUCUUCCUGCCCUUCUUCUUCGUCCUGGCGCUUAUCUUCAGCUGCGUCUCCUACUGGAUGAUCGGCAUGGCCGCGGAGGCGAGCAGCUUCUUCUUCUUCGUCUUCACGCUGUUCCUGGUGCUGAGCGUGGCCAACUCGUUCGUCGUCUUCUGGAGCGCGCUCGUGCCCAACUUCAUCACGGGCAACACCAUCAUCACCGCCUUCACCGCCUACUUCUUCCUCUUCUGCGGCUUCUUCAUCCCCAGGGGCGACAUCCCCGGAUACUGGAUCUGGUUCCACUACCUGUCCACGUUCAAGUACCCCCUGGAGAUGCUGCUCUACAACGAGUUCACGGCCCCCGGCGUGCGCGACCAGUGCUUCGACGGCCUCCCCGGGCCGAGCUGCCUCGCGACCGCACCCCAGGUUCUUGCGGGCUUCGACAUGGCUAAGGUGCACAAGUGGAACAACGCGGCCGUCAUGAUCGCGUUCUUCCUCGCUUACCGCUUCUUCUUCUACGUCGCGCUGCGGUUCGUGAGCCGGCAGACGCGCAAGUAGGGCCGCAGUGCGAGAAUAAUUUGGGACGGGAGAUGUCUGGCGGGUUGGAUGGUAAUCCACACUCCUUUCCGGGUUGGGAAGGCCUGAAGCGAUAGUAGAAGCUCGUUAUAGGCUCGUUCACUUUUUGUGAGUCGGUGAGCAACCGGUUCGCAUAACAUAUUUCUCUCAAGCACGAGAUACAGAUCACCGAGUUGAUGUCAGCGUCAAGACAGUUGUAGUCUCCACUUUUAGGCGCUAAUUUAAGCGAGUGGCGCCCUCGUUGAGCCAGAUAUGCAGAGAUGGUGUUGCACUGAAGACAUUGGAUGCUGAGAAGACCGUUCAUUCUUAAAUGAGGUGUACAUUUCCACAUCCUGUUAAGGGUCCUGAUUUCUGCUCAAGUUCAGUGAAUCCUUUUAAGCUAAGCAAAUGAACCUCAACUAGCCUUCAGUGCUGAGGCGGCAUGCUAGUCGCGAAAGGCUGUGUAAGAAAUGGUAGCAAAUCUUGCAAGUGGACUGCGGUCAAGAAUGACAUUGAUUGCUUAGUAACUGUCGAUAUAGUAAGAUUGACUGGCAACGCUGCUACCCGGCCCCUUCAGAGCCCUU